AUGGCUUCCAACAACCCUGAUUCGAGCGCAAAUCAGUCUGCAGCCAACUCGGAAGACGCCAAGGGCGACGUUAACGCUGCCGUCGAGGAGCUCCUGAACACCAUCUCCAACAAGUUUGCGGGAGUGUCCAGCGAGAUCUUUGCAAAGAUGGAUGAGAUGUCUCGUCGUCUCGACAACCUGGAAGCAGCUUUGCUGGCCAGCAAGGAGAAGGAGGCCGGCUCAUCAAAGCCAUCUUAG